AUGGCCGCAUCGCUGCUUCACCGUGGCGCUGUCGCCAGCCGCCGGCGAUGCCCGGUGGAGUUGCUGCGGCGGCUGGUCUCGUCCGAGGCGGCGCCCGAGCGGGCACCAUCGCGGCCGCCGCCGGAGAUGCCGCCGUUUGACCACCGGCCCCGCCCGUACGCCGGGAUGGGUGGCGCCGAGAUCUUCGAGAAGAGGAAGGCGGUGCUCGGCCCGUCGCUCUUCCACUACUACCAGAAGCCGGUAUACCCUCCGAGUGUUGAUCUUAAUUAA